AAAUAUAUUUUUAAAUUCAAAUCAUACAUUUUUUAUUAAAAUGGCAGAAAAUAGUAAUGUGGACAUGAAGAAAAAAGACAAAUAUGAAGAAAAUAUGACAGAUAUGGCUGUGAAUGACAAUGAGAAACCUAAACAUGUCAGGAAGUUAAGUUUUGGUGAAACUAUUUUAAAUUUAAAUACGGUCGAUAGAGCGACAGGAUUAAAUGAUAAUAAAAUUAUAGUUGAUGAAGAAGUGGAAGGCAUACCUAAAACGGAAAAAAAGGAUUUUGUACGUAAUUGGAUUGAAAUUCACAAUAAUGAUGAAGAUUUGUCCAGCAAAGAAUUUACUGAACCAGUACAAGGAUUUUUAUUGAGUGCAUCUACAUCCAAAUCAUUACCGAAUGCAUCUCCCAUUUUGGGUGUUCGUAAGUACCAGAAUAAUGAACGACCAGAGUCAGAUAAUAAUGUUAAAAAAAAUGAUCAGGCUAGCACGUCACCAAUUCUUAGUAGCUCGAAACGGAUAUAUAGAAAGAAAUCUAAUUCUCCCGCUGAAGAAAAACAAAGUGAGUUAUAUAAACAUGAUCAUCAAUUUAAUAUAAACAACAUUCUUUCUGUAAAUAAUUCUGAAAACAAUAGUUCACAAAAUGUGAUUGUGAACAAAUCUCCAGAAUUAGUUAGAGAUGCAAACGAUCACAACAAGAGUGAUGAACAAGACUUUACUAACAAUAUUCAAAUGGCUAUUGAGAGUCAUGUAAUACAUAAGACUGAUAAUUAUGAUAAUAGAAAUAUGAACUUACAACCUCUUAAUCAAGGGGAGCAUUCGAAUCAUUCUGAUCCUGGAUGGUCUAUGCCAGUAACUUUUAACAUAAAUGAUCAAAUAGCUGUUGAAAGUAAUAAUAUGAAUGAGACAGAUCAUUAUAGUAUUAGAAAUAUAAUCUCACAACCUUUGGUUCCAUAUGAGAGUUUUAAUCAUUCCGGUCUUGGAUGUUCUAUGCCUGCAACUAUUCCCUGGGUUGUUCGUGUACCCACGAAUGAUGUUAUACCAAACUUCAAUAAGACUGAUAGUUAUAUUAUUAGAAAUAUGAUCUCAAUACCUUCGGAUCCAUAUGAGAGUUUAAAUCAUUYUCGUCCUAGAUAUUUUAGACCUGCAGUCAUUAACGAGAAUGUUCAGAUGGAUAAUGUAAUUUCUAACGUUGAUGAAACUAAUAACUCCAGUGAUAUAGAUAUGAUCUCAAAACCUCUUAAUCUAAGCAAGAAUUCGAAUCAUUCUGAUCCUGAAUGUUCUAUGCCUGUAAAUGUUACUAUAAAUAGUCAAGUUAAUAGGGUAAUUUAUGAUAUAAAUGAGACUAUUAAUUAUGGAAAUAGAAAUAUGAACUUACAGACUCUUAAUCAAUGGGAGCAUUUGAAUCAUUCUAGUCCUGAAUUUUCUAUGUCUGCUGCAAGACAAAGAAAAAUAGAUAGCAUUGAAGUUUAUCAAGAAAAAAAAAUUGAUGCAUCAAAGAACAUAAUUGUUCCUACUUCCUCGAAUUUUGAUAUUAUAGAAGAUGAUAUAAUUAUUGAUAAUUGUUUCUCAGAUAAGAAUACAUUUAACAAACGGCAGAAUUUGAAUUCUCCAAGUCCUGAAUUUUCUAUGUCUGCCGCUAAGAAAAGAAAAAUAGAUUACGUUAAAGAUGAGGAAAAGACGAGACAGCAUUCAAUAAUAAUGUAUGCACUAAAGAAUGAGGAUAUUUCUCCCCCGCCCAACCCUCCUGUGAUAGAGGUUAAUGUAAUUAUUAAGAAUAAUACUAUAGAUGAAAAUUCAUCUGUGAUUGAAUCUGUUUCUAGUGAUGAUAGUAAUACUACAGAUCAAAUAGAAAUUACUAAUCUUAAAAGCGAUGAUGAUGAAAUACAUCAUGAAAACAUUGUGAUAGAAGAUACAGACAAUAAUAAGGAUAUGAUUCCUUUAGUAAAUAACUCUAUUUCUGGAUCUGAUACAGAACUUAAAACUUCAUGUGAUGUUACAGACAAAGGUUCUGUUGCAUCUAGCAAAGAUUUAGAUGGAAUAUAUUAUAAAAUAGAAUCCAAUAAGAGUAUAUUUCCUUUCAAGAUCAAAACUAAAUGGGCUAAUGCAUCUUUAAAAGAUUUUGGUGAAACAUCUUAUUCUGAAACAGAAUCAAUGAAAUCGGAGUCAUCUGCGUUUCAAAAUGAACAUUCAUUUGAGAAAAUAUCACAAAUAACUUCGCUUUCUAAUGGAAGCGUUGAUAAUACAUCAAGUUCAACCAGUUGUAUAAGUACUCCUACAUCUCCAGAGAAGAUAAAUAGUUUUCCUGCAAUGUCUUUACAAAUAUUAGAUUCGAAUAAGAAACAACGCAAAGUGAAAAAGAAAAGUUUAACAGCUAAAUUACAAUCUUUAGUAAGUAGGCAAAUAUCUUUUGUUCGUAUAUGGCAGCAUCAAGUAAAGCAAGCAGAUGUCGAUGGUACCUUAAUCCCACACGUAGACGUAUACGUGGAUAAAUGUACAACUCAUAUGAACAGACAAUUUUUAGAAGGAUUUGUCUUAAAUGAUUCUUUUCAUCUUUUAAAUAAUAAUAGCAAUCAAGAAAAUGAUAAUUUGGGUGAAUCAUCGUAUAGAAUGAUUACUAUACAUAUUGUACCUGAUAUCGUUGGUAUAAUUAUGUCUAUAGCUCAAGAUCGUCCUGAGUUAUAUGAAGAAGUGAAAUUAUACAAAAAUGCCAGAGAAAGAGAAAAACAUGAUAAUCAAGCUGAUCUCUAUGCAGUGGUUAAUACUUUGCAACACUUGGAAAAGGCUUAUAUCAGAGAUUGUGUUACACCGAAGGAGUAUACUGCAGCUUGCAGUAAAUUGUUAGUUCAAUAUAGGGCAGCAUUUAAGCAGGUACAAAGUGACCAAUUUCCUACAAUAGAUGCAUUUGCAAGAGCAUUUCGAUUGGACUGUCCAGCUGCUUUAGAAAGGAUUAAAGAAGAUCGACCCAUUACGAUCAAAGAUGACAAGGGAAAUACUUCUAAGUGUAUUGCAGAUAUCGUUUCUUUGUUCAUUACUUUGAUGGAUAAACUACGACUAGAAAUCAAAGCAAUGGAUCAAUUACAUCCAGAUUUAAGGGAUCUAAUGGAUACUAUGAAUCGUCUAAGUAUAUUACCUAGUGACUUUGAUGGAAAGGAAAAGGUUGCCGAAUGGUUACAAACAUUGAAUAAUAUGUCAGCUUCAGAUGAAUUAUCAGAUACACAAGUGAGACAACUUAUUUUUGAUCUCGAAACAUCUUAUAAUGCUUUCAACAAAAUAUUACACAAUUCUUAACUCUGAAUAUUUACCAAAUUCAUUGCCUAAAUGAAUCAUAUUUUUUAAUGCAUUGAUAGUUGUUUUUAUGUUUAGAUUAUAAUAACGUGUAAUUGCGUAAGUUUUUGCAAUAAAAACUAUUCGUGUUGAAUUAUAUUCCUUAUAGGAAGGGAUUUAUCGUAAUUAACAUUUGCUCGCUACGUGUAAUUAUGUUAAAUGUAAGUAUAAGUGACGAAUAUAUAUAUAUCCUAUAUAUCAUAUAAGUAUUAAGUGGUUUUUUUGAACUUCCUGUAUAUUUCACAUCAGUUGUUACACACUUUGCAAUUAACUGUGUAUGGUUUAAAAAGUAUUACAUUGAAAAUAAUUAACUCUAUAUAUGUAUUCGUCACUUAAAUUUAUAUAUAUAGUGAUAAAAUGAUUUGUGAUUAUCACUUUCUAUUAAGAGAAAAGAAAAGAAUAACCAAAAUUCAUUGAAUGAACUAUUUUAAAUAACGUAGGUAGAUCUACGAGAAAUUCACUUUUACCGGUGAAUUCAAAUAAUCUUUGUUUUCCGGUGAACUCCUUCAACUAAAUAUUGUUAGAUGAAUCGGUAAUAUCAGCCUGAUCAUACUCUUCUUCUAUAGCCAGGUUUUGUAAUAGUUUUCUAAUAGAUAUGUACAACGAAAAAUUUAAAGCAUGCAUUGCACAUAUUGCUAUCUUGGCUUAUCGUGCUGUGUACACUAUGAGUCUCAGAUGUGGGCCUCGGGGGAAACUCCACCGAUUCGCGCUAGGCGUUCAUUGUGUUAACAAAAACUAUUAUAAUUAAUAAAUUGUUAUAUAUAAUAUUUUCAAAACAAAUUUAAAUAUAAAUAUAUUUCUAAUGUUUGUUUUUGUUUACUUUAUAAUUUACUUUAUAUUGUCUAUACUCGUCAUAAUUAUGUUACAAAUAAAAUUACUAUAAAUUACCGCUAAACGAAGAAUAGUGACACUCGUUAACGAAUGACGGGACCCCCGUGGAAACAUAGUUAUCAUACAAAUAUGGGAAGCAUGGCGAUCAACGUGUUAAGAUUUUGUUGUAUUUUAUGAAUUAAUGGAUAACUUGUUGAUAAUUUUAAGUCGAAUGUUUGCGAAGGUUAAAUUUAAAGUAGUAUAGAACAAACACAUAUGUUACGUUUAUUAUUACUAAGUUGUUAUCAUCAUAUUUCAAUAAUCAAAUUUUGUCAAAGUAUUGCUUUGAUCACCGAAGAAAUAUAUAAUAUCAAAAAUAAAAUUUAAUUAGGACUUAGAAAAUAGGAAAAGAAAAAUCUAUACAGAAAUUAGAGAAAGAUAUAAAACUUGUAGUCUAAAGUCUAAUAUGUUCAGAAAUUAGUUCGAACAACAUCGAUCGAUCCUGUCGAUGGCAAAGCUUCGAUAUCUCUCGAGCAGGCUGUUUGCGAACAAUGCCAACGUGGGUUUAAUUCGAGCUGCGUCCCUUUGAUGUGCCUGCUGCAGACUUUUCCAAGUCGUAUUUACGUGGGUACACCCGGUAUGCAAAUGAAGAGGGUGGUCCUUCGGCACUCUCAGGCAGUAGCAGCAGCAGCAGCAACAACAA